CGGUGUCAGCGUGUGGGUGUGACCGCCGGCUGAUCCAGGAUCUGCUGCCGCCUCAGUCUGCGCACACAUGACCCGCAGACACAGACGGACCAGCGCCGCACCAGCAGCACGUCCUCCUCUGAGAUGGAGAUGUCGGCGGCGCCGGGAGCCCCCGGGGUGCCCGGCCCCCAGCGGCAGCGGCGCUCCGGCACGGUGAAGAGGCGGCGGUGGGGGGGGCUCAGGCAGCAGUGGAAGCUCCUGGGUCUGUUUGAGAUCGACCAGCAGCACCAGUUCUACGGCCUGACCUGCAUGAUGAAGGAGGGCCUGGCUGCAGCCAUCCAGACCACCGUGGACGACCCGCCGACCAAGGACCUAUCAGAUGAUGACUUCAGGUCAGAGAUCACGCAUGUGCAUAAGGACUUCACCCUGGAGACGUUCGCCGGCCCGGUGUUCGCCAGCCUGCGCGCAUCGUUGGGAAUGACGGAGGAGGAAUAUCAGCAAUCUCUGUGCUCAGAAAGCUGCUACCUCCAGUUCAUCAGCAACUCCAAGAGCAAAGCGGACUUCUUCCUCACGAACGAUAAACGCUUCUUCCUGAAGACUCAGAACAAACGGGAGAUCAAGUUUCUUCUGGCCAACCUGAAGAUCUACAUGGAGCAUCUGAGGAAGUACCCACACUCCCUGCUGGUCAAGUUCUUAGGCGUUCACAGGAUCCGAAUCCCGGGCAGUCGGAAGAAAUACUUCAUGGUGAUGCAAAGCGUGUUUUAUCCAGACGAUCGCAUCAACGCCAGGUACGACAUUAAGGGCUGCGAGGUGAGCCGGUGGACGGAGCCGGCACCAGAGGGGAGCCAGAUCAUCGUGGUGCUCAAAGACCUCAACUUUGAAGGACAGUUCAUCAACCUGGAGCGGCAGCGGUCCUGGCUCCUCCAGCAGGUGGAGAUCGACACCAACUUCCUCCAGAGGCUGAACGUGUUGGACUACAGCCUCCUCCUGGCCCACCAGCCUCUGCACCACGACGAGCGCAACCAGAGCCUGUCCUUCGCCUCGCUCAUCGUCAGAACCAAAAAGUCUGUGAACCCAGGGUCCAGUCCCGUCCACGCCGGCGCCGCUGCCGUCCCAGGAGCGGUUCCGGACGACGGCGCCUCCAGACGGUCAUCUGAAGCAAACUCGUCACACGGCGGCAGGUUCUCCCCGAGCCGCCCGGAGAACGUCUCACCCGGAACCGACACGCCCCAGAUCCCAGACUUCAAGGCCCAGAACCGCCGGCUGCUGCCCAACCAGAAGAACCCGCUCCACGUGAUCGACGGACCGGAUCAGCGCUACUUCAUCGGCAUCAUCGACGUCUUCACGGUGUACGGCUUUAAGAAACGUCUGGAGCAUCUGUGGAAGAGCCUGAGGCAUCCUGGGAAAUCCUUCUCCACCGUCAGCCCCCACACCUACAGCCGCCGCCUCUGCCAGUGGGUCCAGGACCACACCAAGUAACGCCCACCGGUACCAGGCCCGUUCUGCAGGUCCAAACCGCCUGAGAACCCGCUGACAUCAUCAUCAGAUCCGCAGAAGAACCGAACAGAUCCGACGUCCGUGUCAUGAAUGAACAGAACCUAAACCGCAGAAGUGGAUCCAGGAAGAGAGCGCCGCCUCUCCAGAACCAGCAGCUUGGUUCUGGAGCCUCCAGCUGUGAUGGUC